AUGGAUGAUGCCAGCAGCGACCCACCACUGCCAACAUGGAGGAAAUAUUCAAAAGAACGUAUGAGAACAGUAUCGGUGGCCCUUGUGUUAUGUUUGAAUAUUGGUGUGGACCCGCCAGAUGUUCAUAGGCCGAAUCCAUGUGCGCGGAAAGAGUGUUGGAUUGAUCCACUGGGAAUAAAUCCUCAGAAAGCUGUUCUUAAAAUUGCUAAUGCUCUGCAGAAAAGUUAUGAACGUUGGCAACCACGUGCAAGGUAUAAAACGGCAAAUGAUCCAACAGUGGAUGAUGUUCGACGUUUAUGCCAAAGUUUGCGACGAAACGCCAAAGAUGAACGUAUUCUAUUUCAUUACAAUGGACAUGGUGUCCCAAGACCGACUGAAAAUGGUGAAAUAUGGGUUUUCAACAAAAAUUUCACUCAGUACAUCCCGCUUUCGAUUUUUGACUUACAGUCGUGGAUGGGUCAUCCGGCCGUGUACGUCUGGGAUUGCCAUUGUGCUGGUCUAGCUAUAAGAUCUUUCUUUCGCUUUGCUGAAGAUCAUGAAAAAGAAUGGGUUAAACAACUCGAUGAACAUAUGGAAACGCGUCCACCACCAUUACCCAUUAUUCAAACCGAAAUGAGUCUUGAAGAAAAGGCAUCUGCUUUUGGAUUCCGGAAGAAGCCAAAUUUUAAAGAAUGUAUUCACAUUGGAGCAUGCGGAGACCAUGAAUUACUUCCAAUGGAUUCAAGACUUCCGGCUGAUCUUUUCACGUCCUGUAUUUUAACACCAAUCCAAAUUUCGGUGUUGUGGUAUAUCUUGAAAAAUCAUUUGGAGGAUCGAUUUCCCGUAACAAUAGUUGAUAAGAUCCCUGGUCAACUCAGUGAUCGUCGAACCAUGCUUGGCGAGUUGAAUUGGAUAUUCACAGCAAUUACCGACACGAUUGCAUGGAGUUCACUUCCAAAAGAAUUGUUUCAGAAACUAUUUCGAUUGGAUUUACUACUUGCAUCAGUAUUUCGAAGUUUUGUAUUGGCUAACCGAGUAAUGCGCGAAAAUCAGUGUCAUGUCGUUUCUCGUCCUUCCUUACCAUCUGUUCAUAGUCAUCCUCUUUGGGAUGCUUGGGAUUAUACCAUCGAUUUAUGUCUAAGCCAAAUUCAGGGCUUCACAACACCAAAACAGAAACUUUGGUCUGUUGCAAAAGAAAUAUAUUUCUCACGUUCAUCCGUUCGUCAUGAAUUGCUUAUUGAUGUGACUUCACAGCUUGCACCGAUAAAUGAAGCAGAUUACACUCAUAAUUGGUUUUUCAUUGAACAGUUACAAGCAUUCGAAGUUUGGCUUAAAUAUGGUGGUGAAAGGCGAACUCCUCCACAGCAGCUUCCUGUUGUUUUACAAGUACUUCUCAGUCAGGUACAUCGAGUGAAAGCGCUGGAGCUUUUGGCUCGCUUUCUAGAUUUGGGCUCAUGGGCCGUAGGCCAUGCCCUCUCUGUCGGUAUAUUUCCUUAUGUUCUGAAGUUGCUUCAAAGUGCAACAAAGGAAUUGAGACCAUGGUUGGCGUUCAUCUGGGCAAAAAUUCUUGCUGUAGAAACAAGUUGUCAAGUGGACCUGAUUAAGGAUAAAGAGCGAGGAUAUAUGUACUUUUUAACAAUCUUGAACGAUCCUAGUACUAAUCCGCGGCAAAAAAUUGUCCCAGCAUUUGUAAUGGCUGCAUUAAUUGAAAACAACUAUAGACCUGCACAAGAGUUGCUAACCGAUAAUAGAUAUGUAACACUUUGUAUCGAGCUUCUGUCAGAUGUAGCUCUGCGACAAUGCAGAUUGCUUCGGUUAUGGUUACUUAUUGGUCUUGGACGACUCUGGGCUGAUUAUGAUGAUGCCAGGUGGCAGGCGAUUAGAUUGGCCGCUUAUGAAAGGGUUCUUGAAUUUCUGGACGAUUCAGUUCCGGAAGUACGUGCUGCUGCAGUCUAUGCAAUUGGAUGUCUUGUGAGAAAUAAGUCGGAAAAUAUCGAACACGCCACAAUUAUUGACCAUGAAGUUUGUGAUAAACUUUCGAUGAAAUGCACUUUUGAUGGUUCAGUACUUGUUCGCGCUGAAUUAGUUGUGGCAAUGCAGUGGUUUAUUAUUGAUUUUGAAAAUCGUUUUGCCAGUCUGUCAAUGGAUCUUAAUGAAAAAAUUGAACAGAGGAAAUUCAGGGAAAGAAAACUUUCGGCAGGUGAACAGGAAAUGAAACCUUUGCGUUCAAUUGAUGAAGAAGAUGAUGCAUUUGUUUCUCGCGGUUAUGAUCGCAGUCUUCCAAGAUCUGCAUCUCGAAGACGAGCUCAUUUCCUGGAAACUCCAUUAAAUUCACCUCGAAGAUCAAAUUCAAUGAAUUUCGUUUCUGGAGUGGUUGCGGAUAAAGUUUGUGCACAGUGGAAGUCGAUGUUUGAUACCGGUUCACUGAAUGAUUUUUCCACUAAACUACUGGCUUCCACAAAGGAAAUGCGCAACGAAAAUUUCAAGUAUAAAGCUAUUAAGCAGAUUGAAUUCUUGGGAUCAAAAACAUUCAAUGAUCAAUCUGAACGUAUCUGGUUGUCACUUCUUAAGCUUUCUCUAGAUCCUGUAAACAAAAUCGCUGAAAUGGCACAAGUAUUAAUUGAACAUGUUGACAAAUUAGCAACAACAAGGAAUGAGAGAAAAAGAAAGCUGAAUUGUGUUGAACGGGUAUCGUUGGCCAAGCAGACUGAAUCAUAUCCUGCGGAAAUAGUAACAUUUACUGUUGGUUCACCAACAUUGGAUUUGUCAGCGACACCGCCUUUUGUAGAAGAUCAUAUCUGUAGGAAUUCAGAAAAUACAUUGAUUUUGGAUUCACGACGUCAAGAACAGCUCCCAGCGUUCCAUCAGUCCUCAAUCUUCACGCCUAAGCGAAAUAUGUAUUCACCCACAAUCAAAAGCAUGACAAAACUGGAUGAAAGUUCUUCUACAGACAGGGAACCGGUAGUUGCUCUAGUAACAACGGAAUUUGUACCCUGGUGUACGAGGCGAUUUACUGAACCAAUUUUGGAUGUAAUACAGGGAGAAGUUGGUGAUGGCAUAGCUGAUCGUUUGGCUACUCAUUCCAUGCCUAGUGAUUGGGCAUCGCAUAAAGAUGAAGGUUUGCAGCAAACUUCGAAAAAGGAAAUUCGGGCACUUAAGGAAGAGGGAUUAUUUUUCGACGGCCAUCCACUGAUUGUAAAGACAGAUGCGGUAAGCAAAUGUUUGGCUUGGAGUCAAAUAAGACCUCACUUAUAUUCAUGCGAUGGCGAAGCAGUGACUAUUUGGCGAUGCGAAUUACAGCGAUUGUACGAUGUCCGAAAGUUUUUGUGUCACAACAAUAAUCCCUUCGUUAAUGAUAUAGUUACUGAUCUACACGUAAUAAAUGAAAUGACACGUGAAUUGGUAGUGACUUGUAGUGAUGAUGGAUUGAUGAGAAUUUGGGAUCCAGGAUAUUCCAUCUAUUCCCAUGAUUUCGAGGCGGAACAGCAGAUGAUAACAGCUGCUUAUCUGCUAAAAGAUGUGCCGAUUAGCAUUCCAAUGAAUAAGCAUCUCGCAUCGGUUUUUAGUUGGAAUCAGAAAUGUGGCCUUAUGGCAGUUUCUGGUAAUGUGAAGGUGUGUCGUUUGUGGGACGCCCAUGCAGAAAAAAGUAUGCAAGAGAUUCAGAUUGGUGCUAAAAAUUGUGCUGUCACAAAAUUGAGUCUUGAUAAUUCAGGGAGUAAUCUUCUUGCUGUUGGUCUGAGUGAUGGAUUAGUGAAUGUCUACGAUCCAAGAUUACCUGAUAAAUCGCGACGUACAAUGUCAUCUCGAGAGCUUGAAAAACCAGUUAUUGGAUUAUCACUUUUUUCUAAUCUGGCUGGUGAAUCUUCUGAAGGAAACCUGAGACUAAUCGCUGGUUCAAGAGAUGGCGAAAUACGUUUGUGGGAGCCACGAAUGUUCAAGGAACCGGUAGUUAGUUUUAACGCUUGCAGCUUCCCAAAGAAAGACAGCUUAACGAAUAUGGAAGUUCAUGUCCACAGUCAGUGUAUUGGUUGUAUGGAUGAUGCUUCCAUGGUAAAGUUGUUUGAUCUGAACGGCAAACAGCUAGGUGAAAUUCGUCAGGAUGAUUGGUUAGUUAGUGGUCGGAUCGGAACAUUGAUAUCAAUGCGUUUUCAUCAGCUACUUGUCUCAUUAGCAGUUGCUACUGAAAAUCAAACAAUUAGUUUUUAUCGAAUGCCGGAUUUAUCGUGA